UGGAUGAGUGAGCAAGGACGAGGGAGGGAGCGCAGAACUGGGGCCUGGAGGGCGUUAUAACAACCACCCCCCACGCUCCAUCUACACCCCCCUCUGUAUCUGAGUCUUGUGUCUCUCUCCCUUCUGUCUGAGCCAUGUGCCCCCGGGUUGAGCGUGGUGGUGCCUCCAUCCCGGUUGUGUUUCGUGUCUCCUGUCAGCGUGAGCUUUGUGUUUCUCGUACGAGACAUGUGCCUCCUGUUUAGCCAUGCGUAUUCCCUGCUGUAUGAGCUCUUGUCUUCCUGUAUGGACCCUGUGUCUUCUUUUCCUUUGAGCCCUGCGUCUCCCUGCUGUUUGAGUCCUUUGUUUCCUGUCUGAUCCGUGUCGUCUGGCUGGGUCAUCUGCCCUCCCUCGUUGUUUGAGUCCUGUGUUUAUUGUCUCGAGUCCUCUAUUUCCCUCUCUGACUGAACCAUGUCACUCCUGUCCGAGUUCGUCUCGUUUCCACCUGUCUGAGCAUCACGUCUCCUCCUUUGAGUUCUCCAUCUCCCUCCUGUUUGAGAACUGGAUUUACCUUCUGUCUGAAUCCUCCUGUUUGUUUAACGAGUCGUACUAUUGUAUAAUGUGUCAUCUCGAGUGAGCGUCGCAUGUUCCCGAGUCUUGUGUCUCUUAUCACUACCGCGAUGUUUCUGCACGGACGGGGAUAUGGACACAAAACCUCGUGUCCACGUGAAGAAGAGGUCAACGAGUUGGAGAGAAUGUGGCUAUACGGAGGAUCUUUCUUUGUAGUGGGAACCACUUGGAUGCUGCGGUGGUGCUGCCAUGCUGACUGACCCAUCGUCAUUAAUCGGCUCAGCGGCUUUGCUUGUUUUUCUCGUCGCAAAAGCACUUUCUGGCACUAAAAGUGAGGACAUAUGAAGCUCGCCGGCCAAGACAUAGGACUCGGUACCGACGUUCCCAGUCGGAGACGGCGUUCCUGGAGGAUGUCCAACAGAUAAGAAUCCACUGAUCAAAGCUAUGAAUAUAGACCACAGGAUUUUCCACGUCCCCAACAUUCAACUCAAGGACCAGCUGGAAGAGGGCAUACAGCUUGACGAACAAGUAUGUCCCGCAACGAGCGCGGGCAGGGAGGGAAGGCCCGCCACUCUUGCGGAUUCACUGCUGGAGCCGUUGCCCUUGGUGGCGGUCGACGUGCAUGCCUGGCCCACGGACCGCAUGCGCGAGAUGAUCAAGGAGAAACUCAGGCAGAACAGCAACAAGGUCGCCUUGGCCGCCUGUCCCAUUCGCCCACAAAACCCAGCCGUAUCGGUCACUCACCCCAGUGCAAUGCCGAGUUGUGGGAAGACGGUGCUUUGUAUGGAAGACACUGACGCUGAGCAUCGUGGUGAGUCAGCGGGAAAAUUGGCUGGAAAACAACGACUGAACCCCGAGGGAGGAAAGCCAUCUCAUGGCCCCUGCUCCUCCACAUCCACCUCUAACUACUUGAGCUGCACGCCGGCCGAGAUCAAGAGGCAGGCCCUGCGGCGAUUCCACAUCCGGAGACAGAAGAGCAGCCCCGAUCUUACGCGUUUGGGCCGUGACAACGCAGCAGCUAAUGUAGUCGACACUGAACCACGAGAAACGCUCUUGGCUAGCCCUUCUGCAGAAGUCUUUACGUGUUGGCACAGUGAGCCCGUGUCUCCCCGGCAGCGAUAUCCAAGAGGCCGGUUGUACAUUCCAACAUUUGAAGAGUUUAAGAGGAUGAGGCGUCAACAGGAAAGUGCCCUUAAGAUGGUGACAGUAGUUCAGCCUGAGGGCCUGAAUGACGAGGUUUCUGAUUACGAAACUGACGUGGGGAAACCCAGUGGACAUUCGAGCGACGAAAGCACAGGUGGUGGGAGACGCAUUGAAGGGCACAUUGAUUCUAAUCAAAAGGGCUUUGGAAUCACGGCACCGUUAAAUUACACGGAGUUAGCACAAUACCGGACACAGAAGGGUGAUGGUGUGUUGGAAGUUUUGUCCACAGAGUCUGACUGUGGCAGAGCUUGGGCCAAAGGGAAGGAGGCUGUGACCGUAUGGGAAGACACUCGAAAAGAUCAACUUGUUUCCAUUGACCACGAUCGCCGUGGAUUUGCUGCUAACCCCAGGGGGUCAUUGCUGCAUGGCCCCACGUAUGGACACGGUGCCAUAUCUAUACCUGUCACGCAGCAGGUGACCCCACUGGCAGGCAGGACAGGAAGGCGACCGGGGCAUCGUCCUGAGCAGCAGGGCCACGGAGAGCCACCUGCAGGUCUCGGGAUGAUGGAGGGGCAGGUGAUCAAAGUCCUGAGGGACGGGCGGCGAGUAGGCAACACGGAAGGGAUUCUGGGAAGCACCGGGAAUGGUAAAGAAGGGCCCUCGGGAGCGGCGAGUGUGGGCGAGGGUCGGGUGGAAGGCGCGGAUGGCGAGCGGCGGAGUUCGGUGGCGAGCUGCUGCCUGCUGGGGCCCAGCCCUGGGCUCACUGACUACACGACCUGUCUGCAGCGCAUGAAGACCGACAUCCUCGGCUCGGCCAUCCACCUCCUUCGGAAGAGCUGUGCAGGUGAGAAUGAACCCGAGUGCCCGGAGUUAGCUUCUGGUGAAGACGCAGGGAUGGCAGCAGCGGAGAUUGGAGCAGCUCGGGCAGAAGGAAUGCUUCGGGGGCUGGAGGGAUCGUUGGAGAGCCAGGAGUUCCCUAACGCAGAUGAAGAUCACUCCCUCUCGGGACAAAACAAAGAGGGAGAGGAGGAACUGGUGGCAAGGGCUCCGUGCCGGCUGGGAGCAUACGGAGCCGAAGAGUGGUGCCCAGCCUCAACGCUGCAACGCUCGAGCACAGAUGACGCAGAGGAGGCCCUCAGCCCGGGCAUGCCUGGCUCGUCGCCGUGUGUGGAAGGUGGCUCAAGGGGGGUCCCCACGCCGCCCCCUCGCAGGCUGCGUUCUCGGCCCAGUGACCCCACCCCCGUCGAUCGAAACGGCAAGAAGCAGGAGGGCCGCACUCGUGAGCGGAGGCACACGCACUCCGGCCACUCCCCUGGGACCGGUGGAGGCGAGGCCUUGUGGAGCCCCUUGCGGCAGCGAAGUUCUGGCAACGGUGGAAGCAGCCGCGUGGCCGAUGGCGGCGAUGAUGGCGGUGAAGGAGCGGAAGGCGGCGGUGUGGAAAGGGCUGCGUCCCCUCGCAGCAACAGGCAGAGUCGGGCGAGCAACGCCAGCGUCGACAGCGGGGUGGUCGGGCUGCAUGACGACAUCGAACGGUCGGAGGUAGCGGGGGUGGCGGCGGCGGCGUCAUCGUCGUCGUCGGCAACCGCGACGAGAAGUGCGGAGGUGGAGCGUGCGGACAGCGGCCUCGGCUCCGAGGUCGGGCAGCACCUGACCGGAAAAUACCGCGCGCGGGCCUCGCCGCCCGUGCCCGCCGCGGUGCCCCGCGGCAGGCACGCCGCCCGUGCACCAGACUCGAGCUCCAACCAGGCGUGGGCUCAGGCCCUCGCCGAGCUGGAGCACGACAACGGCGAGGCCGAGGAGACGGACGACCCGGCUUCCGGCUGGUCCAAGGUCUGGGUCGCGGACGCGCAGCUCAACGGGGAGCAGGCGGCGGAGGAGCGAGAGUCGGGCGCCUGCGUGGACUGCGGGCGCGAGCUGGCAGGCGACGAGGAAACGGGGGCGGCCGCGGCACGCGCGGCGGCGACGACGGGCGGCGGAGAAGAGGGAGAAGGGAUCGCGGCGCCGCGAGGAGGCCCCGUGUGCGAGCGGUGCAGGAAGUGGCGGCGGGAGAGGAAGGAGGCGGUGAUGGAGUUCGUGAAGACGGAGCUGAGCUAUGGCGAGGACCUGCGCGUGAUCCGCGACGAGUUUUACCGGCCCAUGCAGGCGGCCGGGCUGCUUACGUCGGAGCAGCUGCACACCGUGUUCGGAAACCUGGCGCAGCUCGUGGAGGCCAAUGGCAGGUUCACGACAAGGCUGCAGCAAGCCAUCGGCCGCGCGCACAGCCAGGGGGAUGUGGAUUAUGUGAGCGUGCACGUGGGAGAGAUCUUCCUGGAGUCGCUGGCCAUGCUACCGGCGUUCCGCACGUAUUGCCUGAGGCAGACGGAGGCCCUGCAGACACUCGCCAAUCUGGAGAGGGAGAAAGAGCUGCUCCGGAUAUUCCUGGACGUCUCCCAGAAGGAGAACCCGGCGCUGCGCCGCAUGCACCUACGCUCCUUCCUCAUGGCACCCCUGCAGCGCAUCACCAAGUACCCGCUGCUCUUCACCCGGCUCGCAGGCACCACGGUUACCGCGCACGGUCACCGCGGCAACAGCGACCGGGACAACGACGAAAACGACGACAUCGACGACGUCGACAGCAACGGCAACGGCGGCGGCGCCGGCGGCGUUAGCGCGGCGACCCCCGGCGGCGAUCAGGAUUCCGGCGGUCGGGGCGAGCGCGAGCGCGGGGACCGGGCGGCGCUCGUGUGCGCCAAGCGGCUGGUGCAGUCCCACCUGGAGCACAUGGACCGCCUGACGCGCUUCGCGGAGGGCCACGGCGGCGCCGCGGGCCCCGUCUGGAGGCCCUUCCGCAGGGACAGCGGCCGGCGGCAAAAGAGCCCCCGCGACCUGGAGACACUGGAGCUGCGGGAGAUCGCGAUCAGCAGCACCCGCUGGGACUGGGGGCGCACCAGGUUCAUCCUGGAAGGCCGUCUGCAGGUGGCCCAGCCGUGCGACGCGCAGUGGGCGCGCCGGGGCCACCGCUCGCUGCGUUUCCAGCGCGUGCACGCCCUGCUGCUGGUGCUCGUGUCGCGGGGAGACGGCAGCGACGGGUGGGCCGACGCGCUCGCCGCCACCUGCCCGUCGGCCCGCUCCCCGGAUCCCAACGCGCGCUCGCCGGCCAAGACCCCCUGGCACAAGGCUGCGACGCCGUCCAUCCUGCGCACGUCGUCUCUCCGCGAGAGCACGGUCCGCGCCGACGGCGCCGAGAGGGCGCAGGCUAUGCCCACGAGCGCGUCGGACUGCGCGCUCGCCUCCCUGUGCGGCGCCGCCAACACCGCCGCCGCCUCCUCCCAGGGGCCGGGGGCCGCCGGCGCUCGAGAGGGCGCCGCCCUGCGCUCACCCGGCGGGGCCGCGGGGCCGCACGCGGUGCGCGGGGCCUCCCUGGUGCUGGUGAGGGAGCGCGGCGGGGGCAAGCUGAGCCUGCUGCGGGAGCCCCUCAGCCUGGCGCGGUGCGUGGUCUCGCUCGACCCCGACGGAGGGCUCGGGGCCGCCGGAGGCUCGGCGAGGGGCGUCGCGGGGCUCCCGGAGACCAAGGUGGGGGGGGACGGCGCCGAGGUGGCGCUCAUCGAGCUGCAGGACAUGGCGAGCCGCGACAUGCUGCUGCUGCUGGUGAGCGAAGGCGCCGAGCGCUGGUUCUCGGCGCUCCGGCUGCACAGCCAGGCGCUCGGCGCGUGGAGGCUCCGCCGCAACGCUCUGCCCAACGUCAUGAUCGGGACCAACCACGCGUGUGCCUAGGCGGGGUGGCGGGGAGGACCGCUUCCGUUUGGCGCGUGGCGUUUGACGAAUUUCGCAGGUGCUCAGAAUUCAGCACCGCGGCGGAAGAUUUGAUCCCCGUUGCUGUUUUAAUUGUACCGCGGUAUCUUUCGGUGUCGUUUUAGAAGUUUUACUGUCCUGCGGUGUGGACAUCACUCGACUGUGAGAAUAUUGUCAAACCGUAAGCUUCGUUCCGCUGUUGGCAGUGGAAGGUUAGAAAUCUGAGCCUGCCCUUAGCAUGGCCGUACUCGCAAGAGUUGUCCUGUUAGCAUUGUCACUUAUGUAUGUGUGUUGAACUUCUUUCACACCGUACGUAGCUAACCGCGCUAAUUGGAGGUGCCUUUCACUAACUACUGUAUUGUAGGCAACACUGCAAGUUCCUUGUUCCCCUGUUGAUUACUAAUAACACAAAUACCUUGCCUGACUAUAUAUCUUGACGAAAUUCAUUUUAAAAAAUGCACUCAAAAGUCACGCAAUAUUCUUGUCAUAGCAACUACGUUACAGAAAAGUGCAAAAAUUAAGUUGGAUUAAAUAAUGAAUUUAUUACAUGGUGCAUCUUUAAAGGUAUUAUUAUUAGAGAAUAAUUAGAUGGCAGCCUGAGCUGCGUGGUUUAUGUUGGGGGGUUAAGUGAAAGUUUAAACAAACCAACAAGCUCGAGUGAUCCUCCACUUAGGAUUCUCUCAAUUGUGUAUACGAUGUGUAUCACCAACACCAUGGCGAACUUACAGAGGCUUAGAGGGAGGAAACUCACGAUAAAAAUCUCAAAUGUUGCCCAAUUCUAAUGAUGGAGCAUAUCUUUGUGGACAGCCUGUAUUUUAUGCCUGGAAUGUGCAAGUUUGCAUGGACUCUAAAACGGUGGCUGCAUUAUUUCACAGGUCAGCGUUCCCGUUAUGAUGCAGAGUAGCACGGUGUGCUGACGCAGGUCACACGGAACACGAUGUGACAGGCAGCUUUUGAAACGCACAGUGGUAGUUGCGACACAUUGCAUUUACCAGCUCAAAAGUUCACGCUUUACCAAGAUACAAGCCCCAAAGCCUGGAAGCACUGGGACGCAUGCAUUGCAAGGCCUCCUUUCCACUCCAAACUUCUCAUGGUUCCCCUACUUUGAAUGUUCUCAUGCGGUUGCAUUGUGCGGGGUUGUGUGACAAUGUAAUUUCCCAAAACAGAUGUGUUUGUUCAGUCACUGCAUCGCCUUUAAUUGCACAAUUGCCCUCGCAGCACACUGCAAUCUUUCUGCCGAAACCACGUGCCCUGCGUAUAUCCACUGCCAACGCUAAUCCGCUGUUCCAAGGGGGAAUCCAGCUUCUCGCUGCAGAGCGACACCGUGAGCGUGUCGCCUGUUUUCAAGACACUUACGUGAACGCGUCUGUGCCAGGCACACCUAUCUAGUCUCACUCGCAGUGUUUUAAUGCGUAAUCUUGGUCAUGGCAUUGACACUUUAAUGGACCAUGGAUAAGACUGUGGUUUGUAUAACUGUGCAGUUGUACUUUGUGCAAUGCAGCUUAUAAAGACUGCCUCAAGCUCUGCUUGGAAUGAUAGUAAAAAGAAAACCGACUGUUUUCCGAUGGCGCAGCUACAAUAGUUUAAAUACGUGUUACUCGGUCCACGUUGACUUACAAUAUCACAUUUUAUUUAUAACAUGAGUUCGUGUCGUCCCGUUUUGAAUGUUCCUGUUUAACAAGCCUCUCUCUCCCCCCUGACCCAGACCCCCAUGCAUGUGCGCUGCCCACCGAUUGUUGCAAAGAGAUUUGAUUUUGCUUGUGGCAGUGUAGCCUACAGGGUAAAAUCUCACUCGCGCCCCACGUGUACACGCCGCCGCCGUUUUGACAGUAUUAACAUUGUUCCUUCGGAGUGUGAAAUUGUGUAUUUAAUGUACGGCAUUAAACCAUUUGCAGGGUCAA